AUGCACUUCAACAUCCUCACAGCAGUAGCUUUUCUCUCCCUCGCAGGAACGAGCAUGGCCGAUUGCACGAUGUAUGCGAAUCUCUACUGUGAAAACCAGGGCGGAGCGCAUCCCAUGGCAACCCCUUAUAGGUGUUUGGCUACGCCGAGUGAUCCUAGUAAUGCAAAGGGUCCGUCGAAUAAUUGGUGUCGGUUCGUUAGGGGUUUCAAUGAUACGAAGUGGUAUUGUGUAAGUUUCAUGCUUUGUUUUUUUAAAGGGGGUUUGGGGUUAAUGGAGAUUUAG